AUGUCUACCUUUGACGGCGUCAUCCACGAAUUCCCCUUCAUCCAAAUUGACUACUUUCGCAAGAAUCCUGACCGUCCCGCACCGCUCGCGUGCUUCCUCAGUCAUGUUCACAGCGAUCAUCUCCAGGGCCUCGAGUCCUUCCGGGCUCCCUUCAUCUACUGUUCGGCCGCCACGCGGGAUCUCCUCCUGCGCAUUGAGAAGUACCCCCACCGCAUGAACUUCUCCAAGGGGAUCCUCGAAUCCCGCCAGUUGCACUACAAGCAUCUGUCCAAGCUUCUGAGACCCAUCCCGUUGAACACCCCAACGGUGAUCGAACUCACUCCCCGCUUGUCCAUUCGCGUCACGCUUCUCGAUGCCAACCACUGCACCGGGGCCGUGAUGUUCCUGAUCGAAGGCGAUGGGAAAGCUAUCCUCUACACCGGUGAUAUCCGGGCUGAACCUUGGUGGGUCAAUAGCCUGGUCCGGCACCCCAUUCUCCUCCCCUACACUCUCGGGAGCAAGCGUCUAGACAAGAUUUAUCUCGACUCCACUUUCGCCCGCGCAUCCCAUAUCUACCGCACUUUUCCUUCGAAGGCCGAGGGUCUCGCCGAGCUCUUGCAGAAGGUCGCCUCUUACCCAGACGACACGGUCUUCUACUUUCGCGCCUGGACCUUUGGCUACGAAGAAGUAUGGAUGGCACUAUCCGCAUUUCUCAAUUCCAAAAUUCACGUCGACCGCUACCAAAUGGGUCUCUAUCGAUCCCUCACCUCCAGGGACGGCGAAGGCGCCGCCCUCUGCGGCUUCGAACUCGGCAACCGGUUCAUCCCAGGCUGUUUGAGCGAGGACGAGCACUCCCGUAUUCACAGCUGCGAACCAGGCGUGCACUGUGCCUCUAUUCCAUCCCCAAACACCGUCUACGUCACUCCAAUCGUCAACCGCACUGCAGACGGCACUCGCAUCCCUGAGGUGGGCGCAGGCGGCGGUGGCGGCGACCUCUACCAGGUCCAUGAGCUCGAGCUCCCGGAUCAAUCUGCUGUCGAGCAGCUCGAGAAACUAUGUCUUGAGCGAGUAACCGACGGACAAGUCCUCUCACAAAUGCGACAGCGACUCAACGCGGCCUUCCACUCCAAACGCAAGGCCCUCCCGCUAGAUGCCUACGGAGUUAAAGACGACCAGGAUGUCCCGCUCGAACACCUUGUAGACAUGCUCACCCGACGUCCAGACCCCGCAGAUACAGCCACCCUCCCCAAAACCAUUCACUUCCCAUACUCACGCCACUCUUCCUAUUCUGAAUUAUGCGCCCUCAUCGCCAUUUUCAAGCCCAAAGACAUCAUCCCCUGCACCGUCGACCCGCUGACCUGGGACGAAGACGUCUCCAUGCAGUACCUCUUCGGCCACCUCUGUUCAGGCAACACGUUCGUCCACGACGAAUACAUGCGCAUGCUCCUCGCCACGGACGGCGAGCUCCGCGCGCGAAAGCGUGCCCGUCAAGAGACUGAUUCUUUCCAAUCCACUCAGUCGAGCCGAGGGGAUGACAGUCGUCGCGUGCCUUCAGUGGCAAUCCCGUCCCCAUCAGAUGGUAUCCCCAAUCCAUCGUCGCUAGAAACGAUCGACGACCCCAUGGAUAUCAACCUCCCUAUAGCUGUGUCUACCGCUCCGGAAAGAGAGCAUACGAAGCGAAGAGGCCUCCGUCACGCAUGGGAUGUGCUGGCGGCAUCGCGCGCGGACAACGUCCUGCUUGCGCCUCUACCCUGGACAGACGGGAGUAGCUCCCUCUUUGCGGAGAAUCAAGACACCCCUACACACGAUGGACAACCCGCGGACACACGUUCGGAAGACGAAUCAGAGGAGAGUCCCAGCCAGACGCUCUCGAUCUCCUCAUCUGCUUUUGCUUCUCAAGAGAAGCAACCAAAUGAGGAUCCUCAUGACGGGUUUUCCGACACCAAUACGCCCGUCGGCGAUACACCCUCACUGCAGCGGAGUACCUCGGCGCGUACGCGGAGAGCCGCGUAUCUCGCUGCGCGAGCAGACAGCUACGAAGCCUGGGCGGCGAUGUCGCUUGUUUCCGCAGGGAACAAUCACGCCGAAGAAGAGAUUGAGCUGUAA